CUCCAAUUGAUAACAUGGCAGAAGCUCCAAACGAUUGUAAACCACGACCUAGCAAUAACAACCAGAGAUUUGUUGAAAUAGCACACAAUAUACUUGACAGAAUAAAUAUGGGUAUAGAUGUGAAAUAUACAUUUGUUCUCGAGGAAAAUCUAUCAGAGUAUGCAGCCCAUCCAA